AAUUAUGUGAAAAUUCGCGCAGUUCGAACAAUACGUGUGGAGCAACAAUAAAAUUAUAAAUGUAAGUAAUGAAUUAAUCGUAGAUGAUCAAAUGUACUCAUAUCUAGAAAUAAUAAUGUUUUUCUAAAUUUUGUUUAUAGGAUCAUGUCGAUAUCCACCAGUAGCUUAGUGAUUCCAGUAACAUUGUGGGCAGAUCGAGCUCCAACUCAUUGCAUUUCUAGUAUUCUUUUAACCCCUGACAAUCUAGUCACAGGAUGUAACGAUGGGUCCCUUUGCAUCUGGUCAAUAGAUGAUGACUGGCAGAUAAAACCAGAAAGACUAUUACUAGGGCAUGCAACUGCAAUUACUGCCUUAUGUAGAGGUAGUUUUCAAGAGCCAUUACUUGUUAGCGCGUCGGAUGACGGAGAACUAUGCCUAUGGAAUAUGAAUGACAGUACAUCCGUAGAACAAUCUAAAAGUCAGCACACACACACUUUCAUUGAGGCUCAUCAAUUGCUUGGUUCUCGAGAUGCCCGACUGGUUUGCCAUGGAAAUUAUGCUGAUAUUGAGAUUAUAGAUCCGUUGACUCUGACGGUAUUGUUCAAACUCUCGUCCAGAAUGUCUCCAGAUUGGAUAAGUGCAUUUGCUGUCUUGCGGCCAGCAUCUAGUCAAGAUGAUGUAAUAGUUGCCAUAUCAAAUUCGGGAACAGUUAAAGUCUGGACUUUAUCAAAUGCAGAGAAACAGGAAAAAGAAUUAUUUGAAAAUGAAGCAAAGCAAAUUAGAUGCUUAAAUGCUCAUACAUUACGCUGUUGCCCUUAUAAUCAGAGAACUGUUCUAAUAGUUUGUGCGAAAUUCUGGCAGAUAUACGAUGCCAGCGAUUUUUCUUUGCGGUGCUCAGAAGCAUCAAGAAGAGGCGAAAGGUGGGCUGGAGGUGACUUUAUAUCUGUCGACGCUGUCGUUGCCUGGAGCACUGAAGGUCGAGCGUUUCUAUACAAAUUACCUGCCAACUUACUGCUUGGAAAAGCACUGGGAAGUUUACACGAAGGACGUCGGCCGAUCGAUCCAAAGAGUCCGCAUAGUGCGGGACCCCAACCAUAUACUGUUUUAGAAUUGGGAUAUUCUUGCAACUUAUUUUGUCCACCUGCAAUGCGUCAUCUCAUUUGGACUAGAGGUCGUAAGGUUGGUCUAGUUGUUCGAGGGGAUUGUGAAGGUCGGGUAACUAUAUGGGAAUUGCCAGAAGGUGGGGAAAAGGUUCUAAAACGUCAAGAUAGUUUCGAUUCAUUAACAAAGAUAAUGCCAAAAUGCGUAGCAAAGUUGGAGGAUGCUUGGAAGAGUGACAAAUUAAGGGGUAUAGUAGAUGUUAUCGAAGCAUCAGGAGAAGAAAAAUUAGAAGUAACCGCUACAACUUAUAUGCGAUCUGAAGGAAAAAUUGUUUGCGGUAGAGAAAAUGGAACAAUCGUAAUCAUGCCUAUUAUAUCAUGUGCCGCUUCUAUACUUUUAAGUGAACAAGUUGAAGCUGUACCCAUUCAAGUUAUGGGUGAACAUUGUGGUCGAGUAUCAUGUUUGUUGUACCCAUUUAAUGAGAAUCAGAGAUACGAUAAGCGACACUUAGUUUCUGGAGGAGUCGAUUUUAGCGUUAUACUCUGGGAUGUUAUUUCACAGACCCAACUGCAUAUUUUUACUGUACACGGGGGAGAGCUGACUCAACUGCUGGUUCCACCAAAUAACUGCAAUCCAAGAGUCUUGCCAUGCAUUUGUGCUGUUGCUUCUGAUCAUUCUCUUUCGUUGCUUCAUUUAAAAGAUCAAAAAUGUACUCUUUUAGCAUCAAGACAUAUGUUUCCAAUUCAUGCUGUAAGGUGGCGUCCUCACGAUGACUUUGUCCUUGUUGCUUGCACUGACGGUACUGUAAGUGUAUGGCAAAUGGAAACGGGUCAUUUAGAUAGGGUAGUACAUGGUGUGGUGGCAGAACAAAUGAUGGCAGCCUGUACGGAAAAAACAGUUAAACCAACUGAAACAUCUGAAGACGAUCUAACAAAUCCCACAAUAUCACUCGCUCAGGCAUUCCGACGUCGAAAUCUAGCAACAUUUAAAGCUCUUGCCCAGCAGCGACUCACAGCUUCCAAUGUUGCUGAUGACAAGGGUGAUUCCGGCAUCAAUGUCAGGGGGGAUAGUGCUCCAAUUAUCAUUCAAGGUCUAAAAACAAAUAAUAACGAUCCAGACGCGCAUUUACUUUUCUUCGAUGUCGAAGCGUUAAUAGUACAAUUAAUAACGGAGGAGGCCGCGAAAGAUUUUCAGUCAACUAAUGAACCUUCAUCCGAUUCCAAACAAGAACUUUCCAUUUCUAGUAUAUUAGCCAAAGUAAAAGAUAAGGCAGGAGACGUUGGGCGAGGGCUAACUUCGUCUCCACGAACGUCUCCACGUCGAGGAGGUCCUCCACCUAGACCGGCACCGCCGGGUUCGAAACCGUCAAGACCACCGCCUCCUGUACCUAAAGAGAGUCUAUCAGUUCAAGCAGCCAAACUUUUAAUGUCCCUGCUUCAUUUAUGGGAUAUCGAUCCCACCUUAGACGAUAUCGUUCGAAAUCAAUUGAACUUAAAGGUACCAAAAAGUAUGUUCAGCUUUGGUUUAGUUUCUCGAGGAGCUCGUAUGACGUUGUAUGUUCCCGGAUCUGCUCCACGAUCGUUAAGCACGUCAAGGCGUUCAUCUACGCACAGAGUUCUCUCAGCUAUUGCAGUUGCUAAUGCUUUGAUGGGAGAUGGAUCGUAUGAAAAUUCAACAAAACAAAACUGGAGUAGGAUAGCGGCAUUCCAUUGUGUUCUGCUUCCAGAUUUAUUGGGCGAUAAAUAUGUUCCUGUUUCGUUACCCGAAUUGGCUAGACGAUGGCAGCAUCGAUGCUUAGAAAUUAGAGAAGCUGCGAGAGCAUUACUAAUGGCCGAAUUAAGGCAUAUGGGAGGAGAAGGAAGACAAAAAUUAGUAGAGAAAUGGGGAUCUCUUAUUCCUAAUUUCGAGGAGAAAUCUCAAUCGCCACCAAAAUCGAAAGAUAAAGAUUUAACUCCUUUAUCCGGACCUGAGCAAGAAGUUGAAGAAGAAGAAGAUGACGAUGAGCAAUUGUUGGUAGAAGGAUUGGACCUUGGUAGCAGACGGCGACAAGCGACUGCUAUUGUACUUAUGGCUGUGAUUGGUUCGGAAUUCGGAGCACAGAUAGCACCAUCACCCCAAAAUAGAGAACAGGCUGCUCCGGAUGGUUUUGGAAUUAAAGAUUAUAGUCUAGCAAUGAUAACGUCUAAGGCUUUGUCUCACAUUGUUCUAAAGUCACAUACUCAAAAUUCAAUAAUGCAAAGAGCGGCCGUUGACCUACUUGGUAGAGGCUUUACAGUCUGGGAGCCUUAUCUAGAUGUUGCGGCAGUUUUAUUGGGACUAUUAGAAUUUUGUGUUGGCAGCGAAAAAUUAUUACCAGCAUCAAAUUCAAGAUUGCCUCUUAGUUCGGCCGCUGAUGCUUGCAGGUCGGCCAGAAAUUCCUUAGAAAUGAUAGCUAAAGCAAGACCAGCGAAUUUUAUUUCAACAAUGGCUCGUGAGGUUGCCAGAUAUAAUGCAUUAGUUGCGCAGUCUCAGACUCCGUCAGCAACUUUAUCGAAUUCCAUACUUAUCAGAGCGAAGAAGGACAUUUUGAAAAUUUUAGAAGUUUUAGUGGACAAAAGUACGGCUAACGUCGUGCAAAUGCUUAUCGAAGUAGUCGAUGUUAGUAUCCAUUGUCUCGACUCAGCAUCCCUUAAACAAUCUGGAUUGCACGAACUAUUUCCAGCUUUAUGUAAAUUAGCAAUGCUGUCAUCGUGUCAUUCCUCUAAAAAAGUUGCUUGCGGAUCGAAAACUGGUUCUUUAGCUAUUUAUGACCUAAAACAUCAAAAAUGCCAGGUUUUUCACUCCCAUAAAGGACAGAUAGCUGCCGUUAGCAUAUCUCCCGAUUCAAAAUAUUGCGCAUCAUAUUCGCUAGUCGAUAACACUGUCUGCAUUUGGCAGUUUGGUUCUUCAUCAAUCUUUACAAUGGGUGGAAGCCAGACUCGAUGUAUAAAAACCCUUUCAGCUCCACAGUGGCAGCCGGCAGCUGGAAUUGCUGUACAUAAAUUAGCUAGGCUAGUAUGGGUAGAUCCUAAAACGUUAAUUAUGCUAUCGGCUGAUCGAAGGGAGACAAAAUUCUCUAUUUAA